AUGUUCCGCAAUACCUACGACAGCGACAACACCGUCUUCUCGCCACAAGGCCGACUCCAUCAGGUCGAAUAUGCGCUCGAAGCCGUCAAGCAAGGGUCGGCCGUCGUCGGUCUCCGCAGCAAAACACACGCCAUCCUCGUCGCCCUCAAACGAGCACCUUCAGAGCUCGCCUCGUACCAGAAGAAGAUGCUGCGUAUCGACAACCACCUGGGCAUUGGAUUCGCUGGUCUCACCUCGGACGCACGUGUCCUCUCUACGUACAUGCGACAGCUCGCGCUCUCGUCUCGUCUGGUCUACGACCGUCCCCUGCCCAUCUCUCGCGUCGUAGACUCGCUCGCAGACCGAGCGCAGUUCAACACCAUGGACUACGGAAAACGCCCCUACGGUGUCGGUUUCCUCAUCAUCGGCGUCGAUUCCACGGGCCCGCAUCUGUACGAGUUCACGCCGACGGCCAACUGCUUCGAGUACUACGCCAUGUCCAUCGGCGCCCGUUCCCAGUCCGCAAAGACGUACCUCGAGCGCAAGUAUUCCGAGUUCACCGAGGCGAGCCUGGACGAUCUCGUGCUGCAUGGUCUGUAUGCGCUGAGGGACACGCUCCCGCAGAACAAGGAUUUGGAGCUCGACCAGGUCAGCGUCGCCGUCGUCGGUCCAGGGGCGGAUGCAGACGUCAACUCGCCAGAGGCGAGGAGAGGUGAGAAGUUCAGGGUGGUCGAGGGCGAGGAAUUGAGACCGUACAUGGACAGGUUGGAGCCCAAGACGUUGCCAGGUGCCAGGGCGACAGCGGCAAGCACCGAGACUGCCGAGGGAGAGGCUCCGGCUGAUGCACCGGCUGCUGGCGGCGAGGCACCGAUGGAGGAUUAG